AUGAAGUUUGCUAAACAACUGGCUCUUCGUAUUAUUCCCACCUGGUCUGACUACUACCUUGAUUACCGUACUCUAAAGAAAUAUCUAAAAGAGACAGCUUCGAAAUAUGAAGCGAAUGGAUGCGAUCCUCUAUUUUUGAAAGGUUUGGUUGAAGAUUUUCGUCAAAUGUUAGUUGUAGAACUGGAAAAAGUUAAUACGCGUUAUGUGACUGUCGAAGAGGAGUCUGGUUUUACUUUGGACAAGUUGAAUGGAAAGUGGAAUAAAGGAAUGUCGGACGAAGAAUAUGAAAUUUGGGGAAAUAAUAUGCACAAACUUAUAUCGACUCUAGAAUCGCUAAAAGAGUUUACUCAAACCAACAUCACCGGUUUCCAAAAGAUCCUCAAGAAAUUCGACAAAUAUUUUUACAACACAUCGACCACCGAAGAAUUGAAACAACUCUCUACAAAUAUUAUCUCGAGCAAUCAGGUAUUAGAAAAUUCCAAAACUGCUCAGGAACUUCACAGGCCACAGUCAAGACAUGGAAAGUUUCUCUUGCCAGAGCCACAGCAUUCUCUCAUAAAUAAAGCUGUAGCCCCUUCAAGAACUUCUACCAUGUCACCUAGUAAUAACCUUAAUCGUUACACUUUUACUCCUAUUGGGAAAGAAUUAUGGAGUUUAGUGACAUCUUACAAGUUUGUGGUUAGUGAAAGUGAUGAAACUUUGUUAUCUAAGGCUAGACAGAUCUGGCGAAAACGAGUUCCUUUAUCACCGGCUGCUUCGCCUUUAUCUCAAGCUCUUUCUUAUCUCUCGGUCGAAGAAACCUCAAUUCCUACUGUUACGAGUUUAGAUUUGGAAACUCUCCCGCAUGGACAAGUAUCCUGCUUAUGGGUUGUAUUGGCAGAAGACGGAAUGAGCUUACCAAUCAAAGUGCCCGUAAUGGUAGCAAAGGGUGUUAAAUUUGGUCCGAUUGUUGGUCUAGUAAGUAGUAUUUGUAUACAAACUGCAGCCUUACAUGGAAACGAGCUAAACGGCAUCCCACUAAUUCACCGUCUAAUCUCACAAGAGCUCAAUCCCGGAAACUUGCAUGGCAUAGUCGUCGCAUGUCCCGUAACAAAUGUACCCGGCUACCUGGCUGGCCUCCGCACAUUCAGCGACGGGACAGAUCUAAACCGCUUGAUGCCCGGCAAACAAAACGGAACAACCUCACAAACUUACGCGUACAAUCUUAUUGAUCGGAUCGUGAGCAAAUUUACACAUCUGUUGGAUUUGCACACCGCAUCCAAAGGCCGUGCUAAUUCGUUGUAUGUGAGAGCUAAUAUGACAAAUUCACGAACACAGAGAAUGGCAAGAUUGCAAAAUCCACAUAUUAUUGUACAUAAUACUUCUCCUGAUGGAUCAUUACGUGGGGCUGCGAUGGAACGUGGCAUCCCGGCCAUUACCGUUGAAAUUGGUGACCCAUCCACUUUUCAGAAACGAUUUGUGAAACAUGCACUUCAAGGUGUCACCAAUAUUCUAUUUAAUCUCAAAAUGAUUCCUGGUGAGAAUUUAUUGCCAGAAGAUGAUCCGGUGAUUUGUUCAAAAAGUUACUGGAUAUUUUGCAAACGCGGCGUCCUUCCAGAUGUAAACACCUGGGUGAAAAAGAACGAGCCAAUCGCCACACUGCAUUCCGUGUUUGGUAAUCUGGUAGAAACCUAUUUCGCACCCGAAGAUGGAAUUGUGAUUGGCAAAGAAAUGGAUCCAGUGUGUCAGUCGGGACAGCGGAUAUUACAUUUGGGAGUCGUGAUGGAUAAAUUUGAAGCGCAAGUUGAUGAUGGUCAUUUGUGA